GCUCCGUAUUCGAGGAAGAGAGGUACGCCGAGGGCAGCGGCCAUCGGUGUUUAUAGUCUCAAUCCCGUCUCGACGACGGAUGAACUGCUGCUAACGCCGCUAAGUCCGGCGAGCCUCGGCUCGACGUUGACAUAGAGACGUUAUUUAUAUUACAUAUUGGGAUCUCUUUAAUGGAAAGAAGACAGGAGAUACACAGUACCCUUUGACAUUCACUAACCUUGACCUAGCCUCGAAUCCCGUUCCAUGUAAACCGCCCCUUGCCAACCAUGUCAGCCUCCGCAACCUCGCCCGGCCGCCUGCUGCGUCUCACGCUCCAGAUCUACACCAAGAAGGAAACGCCGCUGGAGGAAGGAGAGAAGUUCUCGCGCGAGUACCUCUCCAAGGUCGCUAGCAUCCAUGCCAGGAACGGCAUUGAGAUAUAUCAAAUGGUCUACACGCCAGCACCGUUCCGCGAGGCACUCGACGGCAUGAACCGGCGCAACAAGCGCGGCUGGGUGAUCGACGACCACGACAUCACGGUCGAGUUCUACUUCCGCAGCUUUGCCGAGCUCACCCGGGUCAACCAGGACCCCGAGUUCCAGGCCCUGCAGGCAGCCGAGGGGCCCUACGUCAACCUCGUCCACACCGUCGCCGCGAAGGUACAAAGAAGACAUGUCACGUAGUCGAUAUCUCGAGGAAAGGCGUACGGCCUGAAAUCUUUGAUUAUUGCGAAAGAGUAGAGAUUUUUUCCGAAAAGCUAGGAAAAGGGGAAAAAGAACGCCCAUCCGUUAGAUCAGAUAGGGCAAGCCAGCCACUUUAUAUAAGAUGGUCGGUAAAGAAAUAAAGAAGGAGGACACUGGGUUAACACUGGGUUACAAUAGGUUAGGGGUAUAUCAUCUUUUGGACACCUGUAAAAAAACCCCUUAUUCCUGGGCCACUUAUCUCCGCGUCAAAAUUCACAUUGUGUAUGAACCCGAGCUAUUACAGCUCAACUAUGAGUUUCUCGCAAAUUUGCGCGGCAGGAUCC